AUGUCCGGCUUUGUGAAGGGCGUUUGCGAAGAUCUCUGCCCUCAGAAUGAGGCAAAAUUACGAAUACGGGAGAAGUUACUACACUAUUUUGAGUAUAAAAAUGGCCAGAAACAUGUACCCGGAAAGUUGGUUAAAUGUUUCUCCAGAUCGGCAGCUGACAAGAAAAUCCCACGGCCUCAAGAUAUGAGAACCGAAGGUUGUCUACAAAGAUGCGUUGAAUACUUGUUGCGCGAAAUUGUCUUGGAUAACCGGAAACCGUAUAACAUUGUUUACGAUUUCAUUUUCGAUCGUCUACGAUCGGUGAGACAAGAAAUCGUUAUGCAGGACUAUAACGCUAAACAAACGAUAAAAUUAUUGGAACCUAUGAUUAUGUUCCUGUGCUAUAGCCGUUAUAAACUUACCGAGGAAGCUAUAGACAAUUUUGAUCCAAAAAUAUGCGAACAACACCUACAGGAGUGUCUUAAACGUGCCCUGGUGUGCUAUGAUGAAAUUCCAACGAAAGAAUUGAAUCUAUUGGAAAUACGUAGACGAACAUUUAUUGAAUCAUUAUAUCAAAUAUUUAAUUUAGGAUCUCUCGAGGCUAUGAAGCGCUGCCUUACCGUAGAUGAAGACAUUAAAUCUGAACCGUUAUUUGAGUUGGUAUUCAAAAUUUGUCUUAGCCACAUACAAGGGAAUUUGUAUCGAGUCUUAAAUGGAAUACAGGGUCUUCCUCAUAUUUUAUGUGCAAUAGGAUCGUUAAAGUUACCAACUUUAAGAAGACAAUUAUAUCAUGUAUUCGCCCAUGCCUAUAGCAGUAAGCAACUGCUAGUUCCGGUGGAUUUCGUAUUACGCCUAUCUGGCCAUGCCAGUAAAUAUGAGCUAUUUGAAGAUUGUAAAUACUACAAUAUAAAUCUGAGUGAAGAUAAGCAAUCUUUGCAUUUUCAAAAGACAGAUUUUAAAAAUGAUUUAGCAAUUCAAAAAUGCAAACAUGAACAAUUUGUUGACAUCAAAAUCAAAAAUAUUUAUUUACCCGAAAUAUUACUGUUAAAAAAAUUUUAA